UUUUAAAUAAUUUAAUUUUAAAAUAUUUUAUAAAACUUUUAGUUUGUAAAAUAAAAUUUUUCUCCAAAUAUAGUUCCAUUACUCACUAAAUUAUAAUAUUUAUUAACAUUCCGUUUGUUUACCAUAAUUCGAUCAUGAUUUAAUUAAUUUUGUAUUAAAAUGAUUCGGAGAGUUUUAUUUAACCGGCGAAUCUCAAAUAAUAUUCUCAUCAGAUAUCGCAAUGUCAAUAAUAUCGACGCUUUUAAUCGUACUGAAUUAACCGAUCCUGUUAAUCCUUUUGUUUCGGGGACUAAUAGAUUCUUUUCCUCUGAUUCGUUUAUGCAAACUGUUUUGAAACAGGUUAAGAAGGAUUUGGAGAAGGAUAAGAGUCUCCAGGAGGCCAUGGAAAAGCUGGAAAGUGAGUCUCAGAUCUCUGAGAAGAUUUCAAGGAUUUCUGAAUACUUUGAGAAGACGCGGGAUUUCAGCAAGGACUGCAUUAACAAGUUAUCAGAGACUAAGAAUUCAAAGAUUGUCAAAAACUGCCUCGAUUCAGCCAAGAGUAUUGCUGUGGGAUUUGAUAAGGUUUCCAGUUACUUAUACGAUGAAAAAGGACAUGCCAAGAGGAUUAGAAGUAAAAUGAAUCUCAAGCAACGAACUUCUAAGUCUAGUUCUAAGGAGCAGAAGGAAGAAACGGUACUAACUGAGGCUAAAGAGUCUGGAGAUGAUACUCCUGAUAAUUCACUUGUACUUGCCAAAGAGUCUGUUUGGGACAGAUUUGGCAGUAAAAUUCGAGAUAUGCCCUUUCUAUACGAAUUUUUCGAGAAUCCGAUAAUAUCAAAGUUGUUUGGAGAUACAAGUUUGGCCUCAGCCUUACGUGAGAUGAAGCGACUUGAUCCAAGCUUUAAUUUACCAGACCUCGUUGAACUUGUGGAACACGUAAUAGCUCCUCACGUUGUCGAGUCAUAUCUCAAAGGCGACGGAGAAGCUUUAAAAUUGCACUGUGGAGAAGUGGCGUUUAAUAUACUAAACACAUCAAUAAAGGAGAGGAAUUUACAGAAACUCGUGCUAGAUCCCUCAAUUCUCAUACUCAAAAACGUGGAACUCAAGGGAGGGAUGAAGGUGAAGGAGGGUGAUCCUUGGCUAAUAUUCAACUUUACAACACAACAGAUAAACUGUCUAAGAGAUACCAAAGGCAAAGUUUGUGCAGGACAAAUUGAUGAUAUCAGAGAAGUGGUAUACUCAAUUGCCAUUUCAAGACAUCCGAACCCUCUAGAAACACUAGAAUACCCAUACCUGGUUAAUGAAAUUGCAAUUAUUAGUAACAGACCAUGCUGGUAACUGUUAGGUUGGAUGUGCCGUAGGUGUAAAAUUAACAUCACGAUUUCUACAAAUUAAUACAUUACACAUCUGUA